AUGUCGACCGCGACGAGUGCCACCGCGGCGACCAAGGAUGAGUCGCAGCCCGUCAAGAAGGGUGGACCGACGGUCCUGCGAUCCAUUCUGGCUGGAUCUACGGCCGGCGCUGUUGAGAUUGUUGCCAAGACCCGGUCGCAGUUGAACCGAAACUUGGGCGCCGGACAGAAGCUGCCGUGGCCGCCAUUCGGCGCGCAAUGGUACGCGGGAUGCACCACGUUGAUCAUUGGAAACUCGCUCAAGGCGGGAAUUCGAUUCGUUGCCUUUGACCAGUACAAGACACUCCUCUCCGACGCCGACGGCAACAUCUCUGGCCCGAAGACGGUCAUCGCCGGCUUCGGCGCCGGUGUGACAGAGUCGGCCCUUGCUGUCACUCCCUUUGAGAGCAUCAAGACUACGCUUAUCGACGACAAGAAGUCUGGUAAGCCGCGAAUGAAGGGUUUCCUCAGCGCCGUCCCCAUUAUUGCCCGCGAGCGCGGUCUCCGCGGAUUCUUCCAGGGCUUCGUGCCUACGACGGCUCGCCAGGCGGCCAACAGCGCUGUCCGGUUCAGCGCGUACAACGCCCUCAAGCAGAUGGCCGAGUCCUACACGGCACCGGGGGAGAAGCUGGGCGCCGUAGGCACGUUUGCCAUGGGCGGCAUUGCGGGAUUAAUCACAGUCUACGCCACACAGCCCCUCGACACGAUCAAGACGCGCAUGCAGAGUAUCACGGCACGGCAGCAGUACGGCAACUCGUUCCGAUGCGCUGCCAUGAUCCUGAAGCAGGAGGGUGUCUUGACGUUGUGGAGUGGGGCGCUGCCGCGUUUGGCGCGUCUUGUGGUGAGCGGCGGUCUCGUCUUCACCAUGUACGAGAAGAGCAUGGAUCUCAUGAAUAAGGUCGACCCUGAGGGAAGAUACAUCUAA